UCUUUGUUUCUGCGUUUGCAACUUUCAAAGUUGGUUUCGAUUUCAAUUGCAAGAACAAUGAAUCUCCAAAGCGAAUCAAUCUCUAACCUAAACAAGUUUUCUGUGACCAUCGCCAAACAUUUGUUCUCCAAAGAAGAAUUUAAAGAAAAGAACGUUGUGUUUUCACCUUUGUCACUCCACGUUGUGCUCAGCAUAAUUGCGGCCGGCGCUGAGGGUCCCACACAAGAUCAACUCCUCACCUUCCUCCAAUCCAGAUCCACUGAUGAACUCAAAUCCUUGUCCUCUCAACUCGUUUCUUACUUGCUUGCCGAUGCCACUCCAGCCGGCGGACCUCUGCUAUCUUUUGUCAAUGGUGUAUGGGUUGAACAAUCACUUACUUUUCAACAUUCCUUCAAAGAAACUGUUGCUACUGAUUUCAAAUCAAACACUGCCUCUGUUGAUUUCGUGAACAAGGCUUUUGAAGGGAGAAAAGAAGUGAAUUUAUGGGCUGAAAAAGAGACAAAUGGUCUUAUAAAAGAUUUACUUCCACCUGACUCGGUUGAUAGCUUAACCAACCUCAUCUUUGCAAACGCACUAUACUUCAAAGGAGCAUGGUCGGAGGAGUUUGAUACUUCAAAAACAAAAGACUAUGAUUUUAACCUUCUCAAUGGCAGCCAAGUCAAGGUUCCUUUCAUGACAAGCAUGAAGAGACAAUUUAUCAGUGUUUUUGAUGGUUUUAAAGUCCUUCGUCUUUUUUAUAAGCAUGAGUAUUCGUAUAAGCAAAGUGAUAAGCGUUAUUUCUCUAUUUACUUUUUUCUUCCUGAUGCAAAAGAUGGGUUGUUAGCUUUGACUGAAAAGGUAGCUUCUGAAUCUGAGUUUCUAGAACAUACACGUCCUAGAGAAACAGUGAUAGUAGGUGACUUAAGAAUUCCGAAAUUCAAUAUUGCUUUUGGGCUUGAAACUUCUGGCGUGCUGAAGGAGCUAGGAGUGGUUUUACCUUUCUCUACAGGAGGUUUGACAAAUAUGGUGGACUCUCCUAUGGAUCAAAACCUUCAUAUUUCCAACAUAUUCCACAAGUCUUUUAUUGAAGUAAAUGAAAAGGGAACUGAAGCUGCUGCGGUGACCUCUAUGGGACAAAAGGUCACAUGUGGUAGGCGUACUGGCCCUCCACCGACUCCGAUAGACUUUGUAGCUGACCACCCUUUCUUGUUUUUGAUCAGAGAAGAUUUGUCUGGAACGGUACUCUUUAUUGGACAAGUUCUCAAUCCUCUUCUGAAGUGAUGAUAUUAAUUUCCAUUCUAGAUUCUAGAAUCAUUUGGAUUAGCCCUAGAUUAAUAGGAAGGAUUGCUUUAUUAAUAAGAAUGCAUUUUUUUAUGAAGAUAGUUUACUAUUUUUAUAUGACUUAAGUUAUUUGGACAACU